AUGACUAUUGGGCCACCUGUCCACACCCAGAAUGUCACAAGCUGCCAGUUAUCAACAACACCUGAAUUCACCCUCCCAAAAAUUUGUAGCCAGACUGCAGACGUAGGCAUCUGCAAGAGAAGGAGAGGAAGCCAAGACACUGAGCGAGGUAGCAACAACGAUGCUUUGGGUGGCGAGAGCAACGCUCAAGGGAAGAUGUUCCCGUGGGGCCAAAAGGUGUAUAUAGAACCGGGUGACCUUGCAGAGUCUACCUCAAGUGAGAACCAAAUGUGGGCGUGGCCGACAACCUACUGGCUCAAAGGAACAAUGCUGGCCAACCUGACAUCACUGAUCUGGGGCAGUGGAAAUACUGCCGUCACUGCUACAACCACCACUACUACUGUUACGCCUUCCCCAGACCUCAUCGCCACCACUACCACAACCACCACCACUACCAAGGAUGCCUAUGAAGAUGCACCAGAAGAGUUCCCAAACUUUAACAUUCGAGCCACAACGCCCACAGAUGAAGAGGAAGCUGACUGGGUGUUAGUUGAUAGAGCAGAGGUUGGCGAGGCAAGUUGUGGUGCUGUGGAUACGAUAGCGAGCGCCACAGCCACCUCUUCAUCAGCAUUGACCACCACCGUCACUUCAAGAGCAGCAAUCUCCACUCCUGUACCACCAGUUUCUCUGGGAGGAGAAUGGAGUGAAGGGGGGACACAAGAUUGUUGGCUCAUGACCCCGCCACCGUGCUUCACACGCUCACAGCCAGCUCCUCUUGCCUCUUCGUCUUUAGAAAAUUUGCUAAUAGAGCAUCCCAGCAUGUCAGUCUACUUGCCACGCCCCACCUACACCAGUGCUGCCACCACAAGAGUAUUUCCACGACAUGUUGUAGCUCACUCCACACCAUCUUCCUGUUCUCCUCCCUCAGCUUCCCCAUCCUCCCAGCCUGCUGUGAUGGAGAGAGAUGAGUCUCCCAUGAAAGAGAAUACAGAGAAUACUGUUGAGGAAGUUGAAAACCAAGUGGCAGAGGCUCCACCAACAAGAGGAGGGGUAGCUCAGCGGGCAUCUAGUCUUCUACGAGCUAUUGAUGUACUCAGACCAGCACAAAAGGCUCAGCGGAGACGUGAGGAGCGGCGCCUAAAACGCACGGCUCUUGAGCGUAGUAACAAGGUGAGAGAGGUUGCCGCUGCCAGCAACAAGCGCUCCAAGAGGUGUGAUAUGAUGGCACCAGGAAAGUUCUCUCGUGCUGUCAACAACCGCAAGUGUUAAGUGUAGGAGGAUGUGCAAUAGAUGUGAAAGCUUUUUUAAAAACUGAAUCUCACUAGCAAGAUUUUAUUUUUUAUGAAAACACUUUCAUGCAAUAGUUUGGCCAACAUUGGAAAUUAGUUGAUUGGGAAAGUUAUUCAAUGUGAUAAAUAAUAAAUGUUACAAUUUGAAAUAAUUGCAGCUUUCACAUGGUCACAAUGUUAAGUUCAUCCUUAUUUUACUUUGAUGUGACAUUUUACUUGUCAACAAUCAGAGCUGGAUUCCAGCAGUAGAUUCAGUGUUGAGUCUGACAAGAUGUAUUUGACUUGCAUGUCUGGGUUCUGGAUUCCCUACAUUGCUCAGAUUAUGUCAUCGUUUUUAUGUAUGAUUCUUUAAAGAAUGAGAAAGUUUGAUGUGUGACAUCUUAACAUUCUUUGAAUGUACGGUCUAUACAUGAAUGGUAAGAAUCACAUUUUUAAGAUGCUAUCCAUUAGUUGAUGUUAUAAGUUAUAUUUCUAUUUUAAGACAUUUAAGUUCCAGUAAUCUUCUGUCAUUGAGAGAUGGAUUUGCUUUAAAAAUUGUGUUGCUUGCUUAAGUUAAGAGGGAUGCACGUAUACAAGUGUGGAUAACUUGAUGUUUAAUCUUGUGUUUUAAGAGAGCACAGCUUGAAUUGAAGUACUGUAGUCAGUGAAGGAAGGAUGUAUCACCCACUAAUCUUUUCUACAAAAAGAUAUCAACACAGACUAACAUCCUGUGUGCCUUAGAUAGUCAGGAAUGUUGCCCAAUCCACUAUAAUAAUUGUUUCAUCUUUAUUCUUCUUUUAGGCAAGUUCACUGUAUACAUAGGUCAGCUUUUAUCACAUGGCAGUAACUCAUCAAGCAUUCAGUCAUGUGGGACUUGUCUUUCAAUUCUCUUGUUUUUUAUGUAAUUUCUCAGGACUUAUCCCAUGUUGUCUUUGGUUGACCCACUGUUGCAUUAUCUUCAAACUGUUUAUUGUGAUUAAUGAAUGUAUCCUUUCUCAUCCUUUCUCUCCACAUGGCCAAACUAAUACAAUUUGCCUAUCUUGAUUAUAUUGUUGAUACUCUCAAUCCAUAGUCUGCUUUUUUUUCUAAUCACUUACUUAUUUAGCUAUCUUAUCUACCCAGUAAUCUUGAAUACCCAUCUCAUCAUGAUUUCUCAGUAUGCUUCACCCUCUUCUUAUUGCAUACAGAUAAUGUAAAUUUUUCUUUGACAGUAAAGAGUAAAAAAACAAAAAAACAAAAACAAAAAAAAUAAUAAAUAAAUAAAAUAAAAUAAAAUAGAUAAAUAAAUAAAUAAAUACAUAAAAAAAUAUAUAAAUGAAAUAAAAUAAAAUGAAAUAAUAUAAUAAACAGUACAUCAAUCUGUAUUGCUUCAUAAUCUCUGUGUCAUGGGUUUCAUGGGUUAGAAAUAUACAAGACUUUCCCAUCACAUUACCAACUGGUGUUGGUUGACAAACAUCCAACGCUUUCAGUGUACUUGAUAAAAUUUGGGUCCUGGUGUGCAUGCCUUCCUCCACUGGCUGUGUCAGUGUAAUUAAUCUCAAUCUCCAAUUAAUGUUAUGAAGAAAAAAAGAGAACCAAAGUGAGCCAUAUAGCAGCAUAUGAAUUAAGGUUUUGUUUAAGAUUAACUUUGUUGGCCAGGAAUUUUUCUUAUGCACUGUUCUGGCCAUUCUAUUUUUGCUGUUGUUUGUAUAUGCUCCAUUACAACAAAUAGGUCAGUGUAAUAACAGAUGUGUCAUCCUACCACAAAUCACAUGAAAAUAGCAAACUUAGUAGAACUGCUGACUCUGAGAAACUUAUUGAAUGCUUGAAUAUAUGGCUUUAUGACAAUAUAUGGAACUCAUUAUUUAUUGCUGUCUUAGGUGAUAAAAACAACACUUACUUAUAGCAUUUUUUUUUAUUUAUUUAUUUUUUUUUUUUACAAUAUUUCUUGACCAGAGAUUUGGAAAGGAAGUGGGUCAAGUUUCUAUCAUAAGUUUGUAUACCUAAUUACUUUAAAUCUACCUUAGGAGUACAACAGUUAUUCUAUGUAUCAAACUGUAAAUGCAAUGUUAAGCUACGCUCAUAGUCUUUGAGUGGAGACAGUCCAAUCACAGUUAUACGAUUUUUUAGAAUCUUGCACACAUAAGAACAAGAAAAUAAGGAGACUGCAAAGGUUCAAUUGACCUUCACAAGGCAGCCCCUGACCACUUAAAACUUCCUAUCUGUUAUCAUUAUAUGUGAAGAAAAAAAAAAAAAAGAAA